AUGGUAAUAAAAGUAGGUCUAUCAAGCUCGAGAACACUCUUUAUGUCUCAGACAUGUCUGGGUAUUGAUAUGGAUCGAACCAAGGAGAGAUUACGUCUUCCUCAAUCUGAUUAUAUCCGAGAUAUUUUAAAUAAAUUCGGAAUGUCUAGUAGCAAACCCGCCAGCACUCUACUUGCUCUCGGUACUAAAUUAUCAAUCAAUUCGGAAGAGAACUCAUCGGGGGCACUUAUGUACUUAUUUAUAGGAACACGUCCCGAUAUUAGUCACGCAGUCAAAUCCUUGAGUCUGUUCAAUAGAUGUCAGCGUAAAGCUCACUGGGCGGCAGCCAAACGUACCCUAAGAUAUUUAAAAGGUACGAUCAGUCUCAAACUGUUUUACAGAAAGGAUGACGAAAAUUUCAGAUAUAAUGUAGAUGCUGAUUAUGGAAAUUGCAUAAUAGAUGGUGAUAUCAUUGGAAUCGUGGAAUCAAAGAACAGUUGCCCUUUCACCGACCGAAGCCUAAUACAUGAGUAUUACAACAUGACCUUGCAGACUUAUGAAACUGAUGAGAACAGUUGUAUUACUACGGUGAAAGAACAAGUAACGAGAGUCUCCGGAAAGAAAAUUGACCGUAAUGGUGUACAGAAAAGGAGACCUUGCUUAGUGCGAUCUACAAACAGUAGUAAAGCCACUUCAUACAGGGCUUUAGCUGCAGAAAGAUCAUCUGGAGAAACUUUUCAGAGCCUCACUAAAGAGCAGAUGUUUAACAACGCUCUGGUGAAAGUUGACGCUGCGUCGUAUUACCUUGAAGCUAGUCUAACCAGCAACGAGUUGGACAGCCUGAGGGAGAAAGUCUCUGAAUAG